UCGGUGUGGGUGUGGGUGUGGGUGUGGGUGUGAGUGUGGGGUGGGUGUGGGUGUUGGUGUGGGGUGGGUGUGGGUGUGGGUGUGGGUGUAGGUGUGGGUUUGGGUUUGGGUUUGGGUGUGCAUUCGUUCUUCUACAUAUAUGCAUAUAUUAUCAAUCAUCAUCAUUAUUCAAAUACAAUAUAUAUGUAUAACAUAUAUAAAUCAUUGAUUAAUCUCGGGCGCAAUAAUAUAGACAUUCAUUCAUUUCUCCAUCACGUUAAUGACUUUUCUCUAUUCUCAUAUAUUUUUUUCUUAUUUUAUUUCUUAUUUUCUCACUUCGACUAUACAUUAUAUGACUGACCUCAUUCCACUUCAUAAAUAUUUUCAUUAUCUUUUUCUUUUCUUUUUCUCUAUGCGCAACAUAUAAAAAGUGUACAAGUUAUUUACUCAUCUAUGUUCAGCUGUAUAGACACUUCUCUAAGUGUAAUUCUCUACUCUUUCUAUCAUCAGUCUUGCUUGUACAACAUAUAACUCACUACAUUUAACUUACUUUAUUUUCUCUCCUUUUCUCUAAAAUUUGUUAUAAAUAUUCUUUAAAUGAUUUGCUUAAUUUUUAAGAUAUAUUGAAAAAGGCUUCUUAGGCCGAAACACGUGUCGUAAUAAAAUUAUUAUCUUAAAAAUUGCAAUUCUUUUAUUCGGACUUUUCGAAGUCUGCAGUCUCCAUAUCAAUAAAGUGUGUGUAUUAUUUACUACAGCUGAUAUCAGAUAUUAUUUACCAUCAAAAUUAUGAGUACUCCGGCUAAAUGUACAAAUAGAACGGAACCUUCUGUAAUUGAAGAUUCGUUACGUUUAUUUACAAACUGGGUACAUAAAAAAAUAUAUGAACGUGAUCUAACAAAAGAUAAAAUUACACGUCACAAUAGUCAAUGGAAACAACGAACUCAACAAGUAUUGGAAAUUGCCAAAUUGAAAGAACUCUCUGCAUAUAGUAUUAAAAAUAUUAUAUCAUCAUUUGAAUGUUUAUAUAAUGAAGAAGAUUUCGAAUUCGUUAAAUAUAACAUUACGAUGUAUGCAGUUAUUCGAUUCAAUCGUGAUUUUGAUAUUCUAUGUACAGAUAAAUAUAAUUGUUCAAGUUUAAAUGAGGAACAGAAACUAUUGAAAAUAAAUAUUAUAAAAAUUCACGACCAACUAUUUAAUCCUCAACGAAAACUGACCACAGAUUAUAUAGAUAAAAUAUUUAUAAAUAAUCAACCGUUCAGUAACAAAUUGCAGCAUUAUUUAAAAUUGAAGGACAAUGAAUUUACAUUUACAAAUAUAUUGAAAUUAUUAUAUCUACUUCAACAGACCGAUAUAAAGUUUCAAUUUCUUCAAUCACUACCUGAAUUUUUCUUUAUAUAUUAUGGUUUUCCUUUUUAUAAUGUUGAUAAUAAUCAAUUUUAUUUAGAGAAAAAACAAAUGUUAAAUCCUCUGUCAUCUUCUACAGCAACAACAACAAUAACAUCAACAACAGCAAUAGAUAAAACAUCGACAGGGGUAACAACACCUAAAACAUCUGUUCAACAGAAAAACUCAUCAUCGCCUUCAUAUCCUUCUAUUACAAAUAAUGAUAUAUCAUCACCUAUUUCUUCUCGUUUGAAUAACAAUAAUGAUGAAAUUCAACAACAAGGAGAAGAUGAAGUAGAUGAAGAAGAAGAGCCAAAAAAUGAUUUAAAUAAUAAUAAUAAUUUACAACAACAACAAACAAAUAAUAAUAACGAUUACAUCGAUAACAAUAAUGAUGAUGAAGAAUUAGUACAACGUCUUGAUCAAUUACAAAAUGAUAUGAUACAUAUUCCUUUUUUCGUUCGUAAUUCAUCUUUACCAUCUUCUACAUUACAUUCGUCUCAUUCAAGUUUAUCACACCGACGUCGACCUGCUUCAUCAACAUCAACCAAUACUGAUCAAAUUGAUCCAUCACAUAUUAAUCAAUUUGAAGAAUUACAUCUGAAACAUAAAUAUACUUCUUUAAAUCAAGAAUUAGAUUGGUUUGAAAUGUCUACAAUAAAUACUGAAAAAACAAAUAACAAAUAUGUUAACUCAUCUCAACAAACACAUUUAUCUGGAACAACAAAAAUUGUAUCAAAUAAGUCGACAAUUAUAAAUGAUAUGCCACCAGAAAUUGUAUUUAGGAAUGAGUUAAAUAGAAAGAAACGAUAUGAAAAUCAUUUAGCAAUAUUAAAUAUGCAUAAAGAACGUAAUUCAUAUCCAUCUACAUUAUCAUCAAUGCCCCAACCAACAAUUGGUAAUGACAAUGAUAUUUUUAUAAAAGAAUGGAAUGAAAUACUAAAUGACUUACGUCGUCGUCUAAUGAAUAAAACUAUUGAACAUAUUGAACAUGUAUUGAAUGACAUCAACGACAAAAUUGAAUCAGUAAGAGAUUUAAUAAAACCAAAUAGACGUUUAGAAAUAGAAUCAAAAAUUGAUCAACUAUUGAAAGUAUUUAUUAAAACAUCAUGGUGUAAAAUAAUUCGUCAUACUAUUAAACCAACAACAAAAAUAUCAACAGAUAAUAAUUUUGGUUUUAAGAAUGAUGGCAAAUUUCCUACAAUAAAUCAUUUUAAAGAUCAACCAUCAGAUUCAUCUAAUCGUACACGAUCUAAAUCUCCACAACAACAACAAAAAAAUAAAAAUAAAAACAAAAAUAAAAGCAAACAACAAAAACAAGUCACAUUCAGUAAUAUUAAUAAUAAUAAAAUUGAUUCAACAAAUAUAUCAUUAUCAUCCAAUACUCCAACCACGACAGGUAAAACAACGGCUUCUGCUACAACAACAACAACAACAACAACAACAACAACAAGAACAAAUUCUACUCUUAAUGAACAACAACCACAAUCAAAACAAACAACAACUACAACAAUAAAGAAUAAUAACAAUAAUAAUACAAAUUCUAAUAAUAAUAAUAAUAAUUAUUCCGUUGGUUAUUCUAAUCGAAAUUUUCAUACAUAUUCAAAUUAUGAUAAUAAAUAUUGUGAGAAUGAUUCAUAUUAUAAUUCAAAAUCAUCUUACUAUAAUAAUUAUAAUCAGAAUUAUAACAGAAAUUAUCCAAAUAACUAUUAUCAACAAUAUGGACAACGAAAUCGAUUUUAUCAUAAUGAUAAUAAUAAUAAUAAUCAACGACGAAAUCAACAACAACACUAUAUUAAUUAUAGUAAGUAUAAUCAACAAUCAUAUAAUCAACAACAACAUUAUAAUAAUUAUACUAAAACCAGUUCGCUUUCAACAACACCAACAAACAAAAACAGCAAACGUCCAACAACAACAAUUCCCUCCAGUGGCACCACAACAAAACUUUCGACAGGAUCAACUGUGGUUCCCACCUCAACAACCUCUUCCUAUGAUCAAUUAUCAACAACAACCGUUAACAACAAAUCAACAACAAAAUCUUUAUUAAUCAAUAAUAAAAAUAAUAAUUCUGUAUCCCUAAAUUAUCCUCCAUUCGAACCAAUUACACCAUUAUAUGUACCUGAAUGUAUUCUGAAUAAACCUUUACGAUUUGAUCCAAAAUUAGCAGAAUUAGAAGCUGUUCAUUUAUCUGAUAUAAUCUAUACAAUUGGAAAUAUAAAAUUAACACAACAUGAUAUUAAUCUAUUAUCGAAAGGUUUGAAAUUUAUACCAAAUAAACCAUUUCAUCUAAAUGAUUGUCUUCGUUUGUGUCUACAAGAAUUUUUAUCAUCUUCCAAAUUAUUUAAUCAGAUUAAAAUAGACGAACUUCUUGUAUCUAUAUUUUCAAAUCGAAAAGAAUUUAAAAAGAAUUUAUCUGAGGAAGAACAAAGUGCCCUAAUUCAUCUACAGACACGUACUGACAUUAUUAUUCGUCCAGCAGAUAAAAAUGUUGGUAUUGUAAUAUUAGAAUCCAAUGUAUAUGAAUCAAAAGUAUUACAACAACUUCAAGAUACAGAAUUUUAUAAUAAAUUAAAUUAUAUUCCUAAUACACAAAUAUUCAAAGGUAUAAAAUUCGAAUUAAAUCAACUAUUCAACAAUAAACAAAUUCCAUAUUAUAUUUUAAAAUUAUUAUUACCAAUAAAACCGACCUGUGCAACAUUUUAUAUUCUACCAAAAUUACAUAAAAUAAAAUGUCCAGGUCGCCCAAUUGUUUCAGGCAUUCAACAUGUUACAUCAAAUAUAUCAAAAUACUUAGAACGUCAUUUAACACCAUUUAUAUCUCAUCUUCAUCAAAUUGCAAUAGAUGAAUAUCAAAUUGAUAAUUAUAUUGUACUGAAAGAUACAAAUCAUCUAUUAAUUGAAAUUGAAAACAUAAACAAAGAACUCAAUGAUAAAAAUAUAAAUAUAAAAAACGUAACAUUAAUUACUGGAGACAUAACAUCAUUAUAUACAAAUAUUGAUCAAGACGAUGGAAUAUCUACAUUGACGAAAUUUAUUUCUUCAUAUACACAUAUUACAAAUUUUCCAUUAUCAUUAAAUGCAUUUGGUACAGCUAUGGGUACAGCCCUAGCUCCUCCAUAUGCCAAUAUCUAUGUGUUUUGUAAAGAAAUUAUAGCAUUAAAGCAAUUCAUUAGAAAAUAUUCAUCACGUCUUCUUCUUCGUUUCUUUCGAUUUCUCGAGGAUAUUUUCAUUCUUCUUCUUUCAAAUGAUAUAUUAAUUAUAAAUGAAUUACAAAAUCUAUUAAAUAGUACUAAUCCGAAUCUAAAGUAUACAUUUGAAACAAGUAAAUCAAAUAUACAUUACUUGGAUGUAAAUAUUAUCAUUAAUUCGACUUUAAAUCGAUUAGAAACAUCACUAUACGUAAAAUCAUCAAAUACAUUUCAAUAUCUUGAAUUUUCAUCUUCACAUCCACGUCAUAUCAUAAAUAAUAUACCACUGAGUUUAUCUAAUAGAAUUAUACGUAUUUGUUCGUCUACGACAUCCAAAUGGUAUGAAUUCUUCAAUUUGUUUACUCGUCUAUUAUCUCGUGGUCAUAAUGCAACAAAUAUACUACGAAAGAUAUUAGAAAUGGAAUAUUCUGAUCGUCACGAACUCAUUCAUCGUCCAAAAAAAUCCAAUAAAAAAGAUACACAUAAAAAUGUCACUAUACCGUUUCAUUCACAACUUCCUAAUAUUCGUUUAUUAUUACAAAAUGAAUUCUCAAUAAACAUUCCUGAAAAUAUUCGUUUUAUAUAUAAAUGUGAUCCAAAUCUUAGUAAUUUACUAAUCAGAUCUCGUUAUCCUCAUUCAUUCUACGAUAUCGUACCAGAACCAGAUACCAAUUCAUUAGGAUCUAAUCGUUGUCAAAAUCCAAGAUGUAUAACAUGUAAAUAUAUAAUUGAACAAGAUUGGUUUAUGUCCACAGUUACAAAUCAAAUAUUUAUCAUUCCUUAUUCUGUUAAUUGUGGUACUUCAAAUCUAGUUUAUUUAAUUACAUAUACACUCUGUCAUUCUCAAUAUGUUGGUACAACAAGUCAAACAUUGAGAAACAGAUUAAAUCAUCAUCUCACUGCAAUUAAAAAGAAAAACUGGCAUGAUACGACAGGUCCAGAACAUUUCAAUUCAGAUCAACAUUCAAUUGAACAUAUAAAAAUUAUAAUUAUAGAAAAAAAUUAUAUAAAUGAACAACACAGAUUAGAUCGUGAGCAAUUUUGGAUAAAAACAUUGAGAGCACAACUAAACGCUAAUACAUAG